CCGUUUUAUAGAACAUGAAAUGUUAUUAUCGACUUGACUCACAUUGAACGUUGUUGGUUGGAAAACGUCGCACCAGUUAGUCUAUCGAUGACCGAACCACGCGAAGAGAAAAUUUCGUAGUAAACAAAAUGUUAAGUAAUGUUUAUUUCCGUUGAUGACGGUCAUGACAAGUCGUAAUAUUUAUUUGAUUUUUUUUAUGGUGUAAAAUCGAAUUUUGAAAGAAUGGGUACAUUUCAAAGGGAGUCCUGGUUAUAUUUUGGGGAUAAGGAUGUGGAUAAAGUUAGUGGCGUGUGGAAGGCUCUCCAUAUAACCAUCUACAUAGUAAUAGCAAUAAACGCUUUCGUAACCUCCAUGGCAGCAGGAAACAUGUUUCAAACCUUCAAGUACAACUGCAUCUUAUACUGCACAAACAUCACUUUUGAGCAAGAAUUUAUUCCAAGAGAUUCCAUCAUUAGUCCACCAAUUCACAAAGUAGUCUUAAGGGAUGUGAGUUCAGAAGAACUUUUGCUGUUUAAUGAUACUCUUAAUAGUGAUGAUACAAAUUCAACUUAUACUGAUUACGGUACAGAUUAUGGAAAUACUUCUCUAGUUACAUCAACAGAAAGGUCCAUAGAAGUUGAAUCAGUGAUAUUCAAAAACGAUACUCAUGUCUUCAAAAAUGCGAAGGAUUCUAUAAAAGUUUUACAUGCUAGAAUCGACGUGAGAAAAUCAUUAUUCCCAGCAGGUUUUUGGUGCCAUUUCGUCUUGAGUGUUGCAUUAAUUACCUUCAUAUUUGGCACCUUUUGCACCGUGAUUUUGGCCAUGUGUUCCAAAGGGGGAAAGGGACGUAACAAUACGCUUAAUAGACCACAGAAUAUGGUUUACCCCAUUAUAGUCUCAUCAGUUCUGUUAGGGGUACUUAACCUGAUAGGGGCCAUCAUUGUCAAAAAUGGGAUGCAAGAGUUUUGUGCCAGUUUUGAAUUAUUCACUGACACCAAAAGUUGUUCAUCGUUAAUCAACAAAUUUACUCUACAUGAAAGACAAGGGAAUUUCUAUCUCCCAUAUAUAGUCCUGGCAAAUGCCUUCAAUAUCACCGUAAUACUAUUCUUAGGUCAACUGAUUGUGACUAUUUUAAGGGUCGUUUAUGCAGUUGAUUAUCAGUUGUACGCUACUGAGUUGCCUGAAGACGAUGAAGAGCCGGUCAUUGAGGUUGAAGAUGGACGAGUUGUGAUAGAGAAUGGUAAAAGAGUGAAGUUGCCUCCGGAUGAAGUUAGUGAUAGAGAAGAAGCUUUGUGAAUUUAGGAUAUUUUGAGGUCUGUUAAGUAUGUUAUUUGUUUGAGAGCAUUAGUCAUUCAUUUCUUUUUGUUUAAUGUUGUUUGAGUAAAGAAAUUCAAUUAUUAUUAUUAAUGGGAAAGGUGACAUUUGACAAUGAGUUGAAUUUUUUUUUUAUUUAGUUGUAAAUAUUGUUGCAGUUUUACUAUUUUUUCCUUAUUUUAGCGUAAUGUACCGUAAUUAUUUAAAAAAUAAAUUUUAUAUAUUUUUUAAAUCUUCUUUAAAAAAAAAAACAAAAAGGACAAAAUUUAAA